ACCACACUGAAUGAAUCAGCCCAACUGUUACAGAUUUGCCUACGUCAUGCAAGUGUACAAACCCAGGACUGCCCUCAAGUGCGCGCGUUCACGCUUGUUCUACACUGGGAACACUCGUUUAGCAACACUUCGAGUAUUUCAUGGUUUUGCGAGUCAGGAAUUUUGACCCAGCUGGCUUUCCUUGUUAGAUUGUCAUUUUUUUUCGAGACUGGAUGUAAAUGCCUAUACCAGAGUCUGUUCUCAAAACACGGAAGAGGUGGUCUUAGUAGUGAAUGGUGGAGGAAUGUGGUGAGGGUACUGUUAGUGUUUUACCGUCGUGAAGUUACUGUCAUCCCACGCGGUUUCACAGGGAAGCAAAGCAGGCAUUCUGGAAUGGGCCUUAGGAUCCACUUUGUGUUUGACCCACAAGGCUGGUUUUGUAUGACCAUGAUUGUUUUUGUAUGGUUGUAUAAUACACUUUUUAUUCCAAAACUAAUCCUUUUUCCACAUUAUGAAGAGGAACACAUUUCAUCUGCUGUAAUAGUCUGUUACUACUUGGCUUCUUUGUUGUGUGUUACCUCCUUGGUGAGAGCGUCUGUUGCUGACCCAGGUAGACUGCCGCAGAACCCUCACAUACCUCAUUCAGAAAGGGAAUACUGGGAUUUGUGCAGUAAGUGCAAUUUGAUGAGACCAAAGCGAUCCCAUCACUGUAGCCGCUGUGGGCACUGCGUCAGGAAAAUGGAUCAUCACUGUCCAUGGAUUAACAACUGUGUGGGUGAAGACAACCACUGGCUGUUCCUGCAGCUCUGCUUCUAUACAGAGGUCCUGAGCUUGUUCACUCUGGUCCUAGACUUCUGCCAGUAUUACUACUUCCAUCCUUUAACUAAAGCAGGCAAUGUGGAGUAUUUUUUAUACAGACAUGAACUAGCAGCUUUGAGAAUAUCUGCUUUCAUGGGCAUCUUGAUGUUUGGAGGAAUGAGUGGCCUUUUCUACACCCAACUAACAGGAUUGUUAACAGACACUACAACGAUAGAAAAGAUGUUGAAUUGUUGUGAUGAUAUGAUGAAGCCCAGAAAACCAUGGCAGCAGACCUUCUCAGAAGUUUUUGGCACCCACUGGAAGAUCCUGUGGUUCAUUCCUUUCAGGCAAAGACAACCACUUCGAAUCUCCUACCAUUUCACCAAUCACGUUUAAACAGAUGGAUGCUGGGCACUGUCGGCUCCCUAAUGCUGAAAUGUAUUGCAGGUUUCAAAAUAAUGGAGUCAAGCUGCUCUGAAAUCAAUUAAUAAUUGACACUUUCAGUUUGAUCUUCUCUACAGUGUGCUGCAGGCUCAGUUGCAAGAGAUAGUCUAAUCCUGCUGUGUGAAGUAUAUAAGUUGUACACAGAAAAGCAUCAUUUACAAAAAUUGCUCAUAUCCCAACAAUGUACUUCAAAUAAUUAGUACUGUAUGAAGUAAAAGGAAUCUUGGCGGAUGGUAUACUUAUGUUUUAAUCAAAGUAAAUAUAUAGUUUUUAUUUAUUUAUUUGAACAGAUGUGAUUAUUUCUAAUAAUUUUAAUAACUGGUUUCUGUUGUAAAGGUUUCCCAUAUUGCAGAGCACUGUGCAGACAUGCUAAUAGACCUGUGUCAAUAUAUGCUUUCAACUUUUCACAUCUAGAAGAUUGUUACAAAGGAAGUACAGUUAUAAUGAAAAGAAUGCCUUUUUCAGGUUUCCAGUACUUACUGCACAUUGCAUUCAUUGUACACUUUUCUGUGUUAGAGGAUUGCUAAUUUUAGGACGUUUUCUCAUAUUGUUUCCAUGAUAGAUAUGGUUAUUGGGGAUUGGGCACACAUGUUGUUUUUAUUACUGAUUUAACUGUUGAUACAUUUUGUUAAGCUGAUCAUAAGUACAACUCAGGAGCGUGUGGUAAAACAGGAAGAAUGUAUUUCAGGACUCUUCCUGUUUUAAGUUUUGUGGAUGUUUAUAAUUUUUUAUGGUAUACUUUGACAGGAAUGGAUACCAUUCCUGAGUCAGUGAGCAAAUAGCAUUUAUGAAAUUAGUAUUGCUUCGAUAUUUGUCAUUUACCAAAAGUGCUGUUCUCAGCACAUGCACUGACAAUUGCCUCCUCCCAUAGUUCAUACAGAGUUACCGAUCCUCUGUUUGGAUAUUCUGGGUUUGUUGCACAAAAAAAACAAUACAUAAUCACUUCUUAUUAUCAGCUACUUGCUUUUUCUCUGUGCCUCUUAGUUGGCCAAUCAGUGUUUUUUGCUUUUUUUUUUUUCCAUCUGCCACAGGCAAGCUACUCACAGCAUGACCUAACCCUGUGGCUGGAGUGCCUUCUAAGCAGGUAACACUAAUGGGUGCCGGGAAUACUUGACUGGCAUUUCUGUCUGCUACCUAUGUUUUAAUGUGCAUAUAUUCUACAAGGCAAAAUUGUAGGUAGCUUUGAUUGUUUCACAAAAUGCUGCACUAAACAGAAUUACCCUUUCACUAACUCUGGCAGUAAGCAAAAGCUUUUGUAUGUGCAAACAUCAUUGUUGUCUUAACUGAAUAAACCAGCAGUUUGGUAAAUACUAGCUAUAAAUCUGUAAUGGUGGUGAGCAUUUCCCCACACAGCCAGGCUUUCAUUUUGCCAGUUUAGUGCUUUUUUGAACAACUUGUUUUGACUUUCGUUGUAACUGUAAAAUAUGUUUUAUUAAGAGCUGAAAUAAAUUCUCUUGGAAAUGACAUUGGAGAGGAAGAACUUCUGCGGUCAGUUGGCUACUUUGGUUAAUAUUAAAGCUCCAGUUUGAGAUAUAUUCCCUGUUCCAUUUAACAAACUCUGCCAUGAUAACUGCAGGUGUUUUUCAUUGUUAUUUGUGAUGCCAAAGACAUUGAUUGGAAAUGAUCUAAUGUUUUCAGAAGGCGGCAAAUCAGAAGUAGAAAUGUAAAUUGUACUUGGACAAUAUAAGUAAAAUGAUUCAUGUAUUCUACACCUGCUGCCCUUUAAGCAAAAUAAUCUUGCACAUUUGCUGCUAAAAUGUCUGUUAGCUUUAUCGUAAGAAACCAGAAUGUUGGAAGUAUACUAUCCAAAGCCUGUGUGUAACCUUUUGUCUGUAUUCGAAAAAAAUGUUAAUUUUAUGUACUGUUGAUUUGCAUUGUUUUUCUUGAAAUGUCCAAUUGUUCAUAAUGCAUUCCUUUUUAAAAUGUGA